UUCAAUAUUUGCAUCCUUCGAUUUCUACAGAUUCUCGAUGAUAUGUCCGAUGCCGUGUGUCGCGUGGCCGACAUGGCUGAUGGUAUUCGCAUGCUUCAUCCAGAUGGAUCCUAUCGAAGCGCUGCUUCUGAAGCUUGUCAAGCAAUAGGUCUACUGGUGGAACAGUUAAACACUACACUUGGCUUGUACGACGCAUCUGUACGAGAAGCUGAAUGCGAUGGAUCAGUAUCUGGUCGUGAAAAAAUGGACCGAAUCGAUCGGCGAGUUUUAAAUCUGUUUAUUGCGGAUUUUGAAAUGUCCGGUGUACAGCUACAGGACCCCAUCAGGAGAGCGAAUUUUGUCAGCGCAGCUGAAACCGCCCUUGCCAUCGGUGCCGAUUUUGUGAACAUGUCACACACUCCGGUUUCCGUCCGCCUGUCAGAUUCACCCUCUGGUUUGGAGGAUAAUCCCGUUCAGUUGACCAGUCCACUUUCGAGUGAACCCCACCCCAACAUCCGCAUGCUGGCCUACAAAGCAUAUUAUUCUCCAAUUCUUGGCCAAGAACAGCGGCUCACCGACCUAAUCGAGGCACGCCACCGUAUGGCAUACGCUGCAGGUUUUGCGAAUUUCGCUGAACGCUCAACACAGCACAGUAUUGCUCAGACACCAGAACUCGUGUAUCAGUUUUUGCAUACAGUUUGCCGACGUCUGCGUCCUUACGCCGCCUAUUCCGCUCGAGAGCACUUGAUUCCCGCUGUGCGCGAGGCUGACAGUCGUUUUGUUGAUUGCAAACCGAAGAUCCCUUCUGCGGGUCCACGGCUUUGGCCUUGGGAUGUUGGAUACUCAUUGAGUCUCAAUCGGCACAUCGCACUCACAAACGAACUGAUCGAUUACUUUUCGUUGGGCGCAUGCAUGGAGGGCGUCAGCCAGCUAGCCACAUGCCUCUUUGGGUUGCAGUUGCGUGUGGAACCCACACAGCCCGGAGAAACGUGGCAUCCUCAGGUGCUCAAGGUUGGUGUGUAUCGAACCGAAGGCGGCUGUGGACAACAUGGAAGUGAGUCGAUUGGGACAGUCUAUUGUGACCUACUCGAUCGACCCGGGAAACCUGUACAGGUCUGUCUCGUUUCCAGUGAAUACACGUAA